AUGUUGUCCAGACAUAUUAACCCCGACGAUAUCGUCAACCAUCUGCGCGAAGUCGCGCCCGGGUUGUCUCACCCUGCCAGCCGGCCGAGCCGACACUCGACACCCUAUUCCUCCAAGUACACGGCCGAGGCGCCGAUUCCCAAGUACCGCAUUCCUGGCGAAGGCGCAUCCUCUGACACGGUCUACCAAAUGAUACACGACGAAAUGAACCUCGACGGGAAGCCCGACUUGAACCUCGCCAGCUUUGUCGGCACCUGGAUGGAGCCCAACGCCACGGCCCUCAUGAACGAAAAUCUGAACAAGAACCUCUCGGACGCCGACGAGUACCCGGCGCUGAUGCGCAUCCACGAGCGCUGCAUCAGCAUCCUCGCCAACCUGUGGGGCGAGGGCAAGGACACGUCGAAGCCCAAUAUCCUCAUGGGUGCCAACGCCCAGGUGGCGCUGGAGAAGUUUGCGAGGUAUUUCGAGGUCGAGGCGAGGAUUCUUCCCGUGAGCGAAGGGAGCCACCACCGACUAGACCCCGAGUUGGUGAAGAAGAACAUUGACGAAAACACCAUUGGCGUCUUUGUCAUCCUCGGCAGCACUUACACCGGCCACUACGAGCCAGUCGAGGAGAUCUCCAACAUUCUAGAUGAGUUCCAAGAGGAGACGGGCAUCGACAUUCCUAUCCACGUUGACGGUGCGUCCGGCGCCUUUAUCGCCCCAUUCACCGAUGCCGGCGCCGGCGGUACGAAAUGGAAUUUCGAACUUCCCCGCGUCGUUUCCAUCAACACGUCAGGCCACAAGUUUGGUCUCGUGUACGUCGGCCUGGGCUGGAUCAUCUGGCGCGACGAACAGUACCUACCCGAGAGCCUCGUCUUCAGCUUGGAUUACCUAGGAGGCGUGGAAAAGAGCUUCACGCUCAACUUCUCACGGCCAGGUGCCCAAGUCAUCCUCCAGUACUACAACCUCAUCCACCUCGGGUUCAGCGGGUACCGGGAAGUCAUGGAGAAUUGCCUGCGGAACGCGCGCCUGCUGUCCGGCAGCCUCGAAGAGACGGGCUGGUAUACCGUCGUGUCCGACAUCCAUAGACCCGUCAAGGGCAAGGAGAAGAAGAUUGAGAGCCUGUAUCGAAAACUAGGCCUGGGGGCUGCCGACGGCGGCGGUUUGCUGGGCAAGGAGCUGUCGGGUAGGUACGACGAAAUCACGUCGGCCGAUUUCGUUGCGGGCCUGCCCGUGGUGGCGUUCCGCCUCAGCGACAAGUUUAUGAAGGAGUUCCCGCACGUGAAGCAGGAGUCUGUCUCCCAGAUGAUGAGGGCGAAACAGUGGAUCAUUCCCAACUACAGGCUCCCUAGCAAUGAAAAGGAGACGCAAAUCCUUCGGGUGGUGGAUAUCUGCAUCGUUACCGAGACGCUGAUGGAGGCCGAGAGCGAGAGGUCGGAUAUCCCGAUGCUGUUGAAUAGGGGCCGAAAGCAUAGGUUGCAGUUGCGACAUGGGAAGGGCCCGGAUACUCACAGAGGCGUUUGUUAG